AUGCCCUCCCUGUCGUGCAGCCCGACAAUCACAUCGAAGACGCGGUUGUCAGUCUCAGGCAACCAUCCCUCCGCUCACUUGUCAUCGUUUUGUGCCAAGUUCAUCACAAGCACAAACACCGGUCAUUCGGAAGUGUUGCUACUCAGUACUGACAAGCCGUUGACCAUCGGACGCGGUCCUACCUGCUCCUACGUGAUCACUGAGCCGGUCGUAUCUGGACUUCAUUGCAAGCUAUAUGCUGUAACUUCGAGCAACGGAGGAGUGAUUGUAUCCUGCCAGGACCUUUCCACCAACGGCAUCGUCCUGAACGGUCACAGAAUCAGAAAAGCGUCUGUUAUUCUCAUGGACGGCGACAUUCUGCAAAUCCCUUCGUCACAAAAGUUCGAAUGCGUACUACUUGAACGAGAGCCCAAGUUCCGAAUACAUCCAUUUGAUCCGACCCCGACGAAGACCGGAUCGCCUCUCAAAACGAAGGAUAUCGGAAGAUACGCCUUAACGUCUCAUUGUCUAGGAAGCGGAAGCUUCGCCACAGUACACUUAGCUAUGGACUCGACAGCUAACAGGCAAGUCGCAUGUAAAUGUAUCAAACGCAAAGGCAACGACAAGAUAGACAAGGUGAAGAAAGAAGUGGACAUACUCGCCCAUUUGGUUCAUCCCAAUAUCAACGCCGUCUGCGCAUCAAUCAGCGAUGAGAGCUUCCUGUACAUAUUUCUCGAGCUGUGCACCGGCGGUGAUCUCUUCUCGUACAUAACGAGUAAACCCCAAUCGCAACUCUGUGAAGGAGAAGCCAAGUACAUCAUGUAUCAGCUCUUGAAAGGCCUUAAGUAUCUCCACGACCGAAUGAUCUCCCAUCGAGGCGACUCACCGCAGCCGGAGAACAUUCUUCUAUACUUUCCAGGACCAUACCCGCGCAUUCAGAUAGCAGAUUUCGGCCUUGCGCGCCCCAGAGGAUAUCAAGAGACCUUCAACGUUUGUGGCACGGUCUCCUACUUGCCGCCCGAGGGCAUCCUCGCUCUCGACAAUCGGGAAAUGGGGUACAUUAGUAUGCCCGCGGAUUGCUGGAGCUCCGGCGUUAUCAUGGGCAUCCAUCCAUUCGACUACGCGAAAAGCCCCGACGAGUCGCAGCAGUAUUCCUACGAAGCAUCUGCAGAACCAUACGAUGAAAAACGCCCUCAGGACGGCUCCGGCCGUUCUGACGCGCUUGUGAAACAGAGGAUCAUCCACGGAAGCCUACACUUUCCCCGACAGCCUUGGGACAGUGUCCCUCACGCCAGAGACCUGUGCAGCGAUCUCCUCGUGUACGAACCUGAUGACCGGAUCACAGUUCAAGGCGCAUUGAAGAGUCUCUGGUUUACCGGUGAACUCCCCGACCUGGAAACUGUGUAUCGCGCCAGGAUUGGAUUUGUGUAG